AGUUCCACCCUGAUGGAGAGGAUGCAGGCCCAGGAGCUGCAGAGCAGUCUACAGCUGCCAGAGCUGGAUGAGUUAAACCAGUUCUUCCGCUCCCUGCCCAUCUCCACGCUGGUGGGCAUCGGUGCCCUGACCGCCGUGCUGGCCUACUGGCUGGCCACACGGCCACGUGCCAUCUCUCCUCCCUGCAAUCUCCAACACCAGUCUGAAGAAGUGGCGCAUGAAGAUGGGGUUCGCAGGUCCAUGCUGGGGGACAGCCCCAAUAAUCUGCUGACACACUACCACGAGGAUGCCAAAACCAUGUAUGAGGUGUUCCAGAGAGGCCUCCACAUAGCCGGUGAUGGACCUUGCUUAGGCUCCCGGCUACCCGACAAGCCUUACAAGUGGCUGUCCUAUAAAGAGGUCACAACCCGGGCGGAGUACUUGGGGUCAGGGCUGCUGAGCCAGGGCUGCACGCCGAGCCCAGAUCAGUUCAUCGGAGUGUUUGCACAGAACAGGCCAGAGUGGAUCAUUUCGGAGCUGGCCUGCUACACCUACUCUAUGGUGGUGGUGCCUCUGUAUGACACACUAGGGCCUGAUGCCAUACGCUACAUCAUCAACACUGCGGACAUCGUCACAGUAAUCUGUGACAAGCCUGAGAAGGCCCAAGUGCUUCUGGGUAACGUGGAGAGGCAGGAGACCCCUGGGCUGAAGAGGAUCAUCCUGAUGGACCCCUUUGACCCUGCCCUGCUGGAGGAGGGAGCGGGCUGCGGGGUCAUCGUCCAGUCCAUACAAGAUGUGGAGGAUCUGGGCAGAGAGAACCACAGAAAGCCCCUGCCACCUACACCAGAAGACCUGUCCAUCGUGUGCUUCACCAGUGGUACCACAGGAAACCCAAAGGGAGUCAUGCUGACACAUGGGAAUGUUGUGGCUGAUUUCUCAGGCUUCCUCAAAGUGACAGAUAAAGUAAUAUUCCCAAACCAAGACGACGUUCUUAUCUCCUUCCUGCCUCUGGCUCACAUGUUUGAAAGACUCAUCCAGUCUGUGGUGUAUUGUCAUGGUGGCCGGAUCGGUUUCUUCCAAGGCGACAUCCGCCUGUUGUCUGAUGACAUGAAGGCCUUACGGCCCACCAUCUUCCCUGUGGUACCUCGACUGCUCAACCGCAUGUAUGACAAGAUCUUCAGCCAGGCCAACACCCCAUUGAAGCGUUGGCUGCUGAACUUUGCAGCUAAGAGAAAAGGGGCAGAGGUCAGUAGGGGGAUCAUCCGCAUGGACAGCCUGUGGGAUAAGAUAUUCUUCAGUAAGAUACAGGCCAGCCUGGGUGGGAGGUUACGCAUGAUUGUAACUGGAGCUGCUCCGGCCUCCCCCACUGUACUGGGGUUUCUCAGGGCUGCACUGGGUUGUCAGGUGUAUGAGGCAUAUGGCCAGACAGAGUGUACUGCUGGCUGUACUUUCACCACUCCUGGAGACUGGACCUCAGGUCAUGUGGGGGCACCAUUGCCAUGUAACCUCAUCAAGCUGGUGGAUGUGGCUGAGAAGAACUACUUUGCACGCAAGGGAGAAGGAGAGGUGUGUGUGAAAGGACCCAAUGUUUUCAAGGGCUACCUCAAAGACCCUGAGAGGACUGCUGAAACCCUGGACACAGACGGUUGGCUCCACACCGGAGACAUAGGGAGAUGGUUACCUAACGGUACACUGAAGAUCAUUGACAGGAAGAAGCACAUCUUUAAGCUGGCCCAGGGAGAGUACAUCUCCCCUGAGAAGAUAGAGAACAUUUACAUCCGCUGUGAGCCUGUGACCCAGCUCUACGUCCAUGGUGACAGCCUACAGUCCUGUCUGGUUGCCAUAGUUGUUCCUGACCCAGAGACAAUGCCUGCAUGGGCCCUGAAGAAAGGCAUGGAGGGGAGCUAUCGGGACCUCUGUAAAAAUACUGUCCUGAAGAAAGCCAUCAUGGAAGACUUGCAGAGACUGGGCAAGGCCAGUGGCCUCCACUCGUUUGAGCAGGUGAAAAACAUCCACAUCCACAACGAGCAGUUCUCCAUACAGAAUGGCCUGUUGACUCCCACAUUAAAAGCGAAGAGACCCGAGCUAAGGGAGUUUUUCAAGGAGAAGAUCGAAGACCUGUACGAAAACAUCUCCAUGUGAAACACUACCACCGAAUAAACGUUUCUCAGCAACAUCACUCCUCAUUUAACAUUUGUCAUUCACUCCCCUUCACCCCCAUCCAACCACAAAACAGACUCAAACCAACCAAACAAGUUACUGACCGUGGGUCAGGAAGGAAGUAUCAACUUAGCUCUUUGGACACCCACUGACCGAGUUCUGUCUGCUGCUCCAGGGCAGCCUAGCAGUGUGUUGGG